GACACCUGUGUUUGCGUUCGAUCGCCGUCGUCUUCGUAACCAGGAGCGUGCGUGCGCCCGUGACUCUGAGUUUUGAACGCGGGGCUGUGAUGUGUUUCCACGCAGCGGAAGGCAACUCGGGCCGCGUGGCCGCGAACCCGAGAGGCUAGUAUGGCGACCGUCAGCAGUGGCCAUUCCCGUGGGAUACACCCAUCAUUACAUGUUCAAUGCUAAAACACAUUCAUACCGGGCCCGUAACGACGGGCCAGAAUCGUUCGAUACGGGGCACUGGCGGUGGCGGCGGCGGUGGGCCGGGCGGGGCGCCGGCCAGCACGCCCUCCGGCAUCGGCGGGCCGGGGGUGGCGGUGGCGACGGCCAAGCACAUGAACGGGGGUCCGCCCCGGUUGCUGUCGUCAUCGUUCAUGACGCCGCUGGCAUCGUCGAUCGGCUCGACCGCCAACGGCAAUGUGACGGGCGGUGUGACGGGCCCAGGGCUGCACGUCGGCGGCGGUGGACUGACGACACUCGGCAACGGGAUGCUGGGUGGUGGCGCUGGUGGCGGAGGAGGCGGCGGCGGUGGACUCUUUAGUCACAGCCACAACUCGACGACGAACAACAACAUCCUGAGCAGCACGAUCAACAUGAACAAGGACCGGAUGGGUGCCCGCGAGGCCCUCACCAGUCUCGGGUUGCUGUGUUUGGUUUCGUUGCUGCUGGCGCUACUUUCGUUGAUAUUUCUACUGAAAAUAUCGCCCGGUGGUCGGGAACCGCCACCGCCGACGAUAGGGCCGGCGGUCCUGGAGGACUACGCCAUCGUGUACGACGUGACGCUGGCCCUGUGCGCGCUGUCCCUGUCGCUGAACCUGUGCUGCCUGCUGGUGUGUGCCAUUCAGUUCCUGUUUGCCGUCAAGUUGGUCCGCGCACCUGCCACGACCGGAAGAGGCAACAAGUAUCUGCAGAAAUCGAGUGUCAGCCGUGUGUGCGCCGUGGGAGGGUUCUUCAUCUCCAUACCCAUCUUUUUGACCGGUAUCAUCCUGUACACGUUCACGCAGUUCCACUCGACACCGGCGAUCGUGACGAGCAUACUGAUCGGUGUCGGCAUCGUGUUCUGCGGCGGCGCCAUGGUGCACAACGUGUUCGUUUGGCAGCGCGAGAAGACGAUCAGCGUGCGGCAGGCGCCGCUGAACCUCAAUCUGACGCUGUCGCCCCAGAUCAGCACGAUAUCGACGGCGGCCGCGGCAGCAGCGGCCGCCGCCGCCGCCGCCCACCAGUACCAGAACCAGAACGGCCACGGGCCGCACCACAUUAGCCUGAACCACGUGUACAGCAACCACCACAACAACACGCCGCUCACCCACAACUCGCAGGCCAGUCACACCACGCCGAUCACGCAGCUCACGCCGGUGACGCCGCUGUCCGCGAACCAUUCGCACAUCAGCUUCAACCAUUCCUACGUGCCGCCACCCUACGGCGGCGGUGGCGGCGGGGUGCGUGCGGCCACCGCCACCCCGCCCACGCCGAAGGUGAUCGUCGGCUCGUUGCUCAACCGGGACGCUUCCGGGUCCGUCAGUCCCGGCAUGCCGGCCACCGGGGGCAACAAUACCCUCGACACAACGGCCAACUCGCCACACGAACUGUCGACGCUGGUCUGAUCCACCGGGGGGGAGAUCGCUUCCGGAAGGAUUCCCGAUCACGCGCGUGUGCAAUGGACAUUUUUUGCGCAUAAAAAUGUACGA